AUGUUGGAGAAGCUCAAGACACUCUUAGGUGCAUUGCUAAGUAAGCCACCUUCGGCCCCCGAUGGCAAGACAGACCAAGAAGCCGCUGCGAUUGCCCCCAAGAAGGAGACCUCCAUCGUCCACGACCUGCUCCAUCUCGACCUACAGCAGGUCGCCGCCCUAGCACAGGGUCUCACGACUGUUGCCAGUGGUGAGCCCAUAGACGACAAGGAGCUGGUGCUCGAGCACGGCAUCAACAUGCUGCAGACCUUGCCGUCCGACAGCGGCCUGGGCAACACCAUCUCCAAUGACUUCAUCACCAUGCUAUGGCAUGACCUCCCUCAUCCCGCUCAGACAAACAUUGCUCCGUCUACGAGGUACCGGAGCGGCGACGGCAGCGGGAACAACCCCUGGUGGCCUGAAAUGGGCAAAGCCGGCUCGCCUUAUGCGCGCAGCGUGCCACCUACCCAGAGCAAGGGCUCUAGCCAGCCCGAUCCUGAGUUGGUCUUUGAUCAGCUUCUGCGCAGAAAGGGCCCUUUUCGGGCGCACCCCUCCGGGCUCAACCGCAUGUUCUUCUCCUUUGCCACCAUUGUCAUCCACGAAGUUUUCCAGUCGUCGCGCAGCAAUCCAUGGAUCAAUGACACGUCCAGUUAUGUCGACCUUAGUACCCUCUACGGCAACACAAAGGAGGAGCAGGUUCGGGUUCGGACGUACACAAACGGGAGACUCUUCCCAGACUCAAUCGCCAGCGACAGAAUCAUGGCCAUGCCACCGGGCGUGGCGUCGUUGCUCGUUUUGUUAUCACGAAAUCACAAUCACAUUGCGGCAAAUUUACUCAGUGUCAACGAGGACGGCAAGUAUAAGCCGGUCGAGGAGCUCAGCGAGGACGAGAAAAAAUGGCAGGAUGAAGAUAUUUUCCAGAUUGCCCGUAACAUCAACGUUGGCUAUUUCGCUUCAGCAGUCUUGAGAGACUACGUCGCCGCCAUCCUCAACACGCCGCGAGCCAACUCGACAUGGUCUCUCGAUCUCGGCGCUGAGAUACGGAAGAGCGGCCAGAGGGUUACACGCGGCACUGGCAAUGUCAUUUCCGUCGAGUUUUCUGUCCUCUAUCACUGGCACGCUGCGCUCAGCGCCGCGGAUAGUAACUGGGUAGAGGGCAUCCUGCGAGCUCAUCUCCCGGACUUGAAGUCUAUUGAUGAGGUCACGGCCGACAUGUACAUGCAGAUCAUGAAGGAUGAAGGACGAAAAUUCAUGGAGACGCCCGCGAGAGAAUGGGUCUUUGGCGACAUGCAAAGGGGUGCUGAUGGUGCCUUUUCCGACUUUGAUCUUGCAAACAUUCUCAAGGAUUGCAUUGAGGAACCCGCUCAUGCCUUUGGCGCUCACAGCACUCCCACGAGCAUGAAAGUUAUCGAGGUUUUGGGACAACUGCAAUCCAGAAACAUUUUUAAAACUUGUACGCUGAAUGAAUUCCGCCGAUACUUGAACCUGGCGACUUACAAGAGCUUCGAGGACUGGAACCCAGACAAAGAAACAGCUCGAGCUGCAGAGCUCUUGUACGGUCACAUUGACAACCUGGAGCUGUACCCCGGGCUGAUGGCCGAGGUGACCAAACCGUCGAUGCGCGGUAGCGGCCUUUGCCCAGGCCAGACCAUGGGCCGCGGUAUCCUCGACGAUGCCGUCUCUCUUAUUCGCGGCGACCGUUUCUUGAGCAGCGACUUUAACAGCACCACCCUGUCCAACUGGGGCUUUGCAAAGCUGCAGACUGUCCCCGGAGGCUCCUACGGCGGCAUUCUCCCGUACCUGCUACUCAACGGGCUCCCUGGUUCAUUCACAGGCACGUCAGCAUAUGCACUGCUGCCGUUUUACACGCCAGAGGCAGCCAAAGAGAUCCUGACCGCGAACAAGGUCGUCGACCGGUAUGACCUGAAGCGGCCGGCCAAUGGUAUGGACGUUGUGGGCAUUCACACCCAAGAAGGCUGCAAAAAGGCCUUUGCAGAUCGUGACACGUUUGCCACCAUGUAUGAAAAGAUGAUUCGCGAGUGCGCCAAUGGCCACGAAUUCAUGAUUGGAUGGGACGACGCGGAGCGGCACGAUCCGCGCUCCAAGAUGCUGCACCAGGCCUUUUUCGAAGACGGCUUUGAGAAGAACGUGACCGACUUCUUCCGCUCGCGCAUUGUGCAGCAGAUUCGUUCCAAGUCGCUCAAGUACUCGCGCGAAUCUGCCACGCCCAACCGGCGCUCCAUUGACAUUGUCCGCGACGUCACCAACGUGGUCCCCAUCCUCUGGCUGGCUGACCGCUUCGCCCUGCCCCUCAAGACGGAGGACACGCCGCACGGAUUGCUCACCGUCCCGCAGGCGUUCCAGGCGUUCCUCGUGCUCUUCAUCUACCAGGGCUUCAACAUCAUCCCCGCCAACGAGUGGGUUCUCCGUGACGGCGCGCUCAAGGCCUCGGCCGCCAUCCUCCCCAUCCUCAAAGCACACCUCGAGACGCAAAAGGGCGGUCCGACCGAGACCAUUAUCGAUCGUCUCGCCAAAGACACCCCCUUUGAGGUCGGCCCGCACGCCGACCGCCUGUACCACGCCCUCGAUGCCACGGGCCUGCCCGUCGCCGACCUCGCCACCGACUGCAUGGGCAUUGGCGUCCCCGUGGCGGGCAACCUGACGCAGCAAGCCUCCCUGCUCAUCAAUCUGUUCCUGAGCCCCGGCUACGAGGAGUACAAGGCGCGCAUCAUUGAGCUCGCCCACACCAAAGACGACCCAGCCGCCGACCGUGAACUGCAGGGUUUCGUCUUUGAAGGCAUCCGCCACGCCGGCGUCGUCCCGGGCCUCCCGCGCGUCGCCACCAGAGACGCCGCGAUUGAGGACGGUGCCCGCGGCCCCGUGCACGUGAAAAAGGGCCAGCCCGUCCUCAUCGCCGUAUCCCGCGCGGCCAUGGACCCCGUUGCCUUUCCGAACCCGGAGCGCCUGGACCCGCACCGGCCGUUUUCCGCGUACACGCUGCUCGGGUACGGGAUGCACUUUUGCUUCGGCUCGCGCGUGGUGGGCGCCGCGCUGGCGGCGACGCUGCGCGAGGUGUUUUGUCUGAAGAAUGUGCGGCGUGCGGGCGGUCCGCAAGGUCGAUUUGCCGUGGUUGAGCAUGAGCUUGCUGGGGUGGUGCUGAAGAAGUAUCUGGAUAAGAAUGCAAAGGAGUCGCCGAUUCCGACGACGCUUACGUUGGAGUAUGAGGAGGAGUAG